UUGCACCCUUUAAAAGCUUUAUCCACAUUAUCCACACGCUGAUUUUCCCUGUGGUGCACUUCACCUUUCAACCAGUCUGACUCUUAGGAAUUUGGAAUGCCAAGCACUUUCUGCUCCAACGCUUGUACACAUUACUAAUGCUUGAAAGCCCCCAAGUUCUAAGCCAUCAGCAAUACUGACCUAAUGAGAUGAGGCUUCCCUGUUUAAUUUCAUUUGUUAUUUUAGUCAACUGCCUGGACAUUUUUCAGAGUGCAUUUGGCAAAGAUGAGAAACCAGCUGGUAAAAGAGGCGAGAAACAAACAUUUGCACGGUCAGGGCAGUUUUUAACAAAACACCGCCAUGAGUGUACCUGGGAGAUUGUUGGAGACCUUACAGUGAGCCUUUCUCUAAGCUGUGAUGACAAAGUGAAUAGCAGCUACAGAUGCUCCUAUGAAGGUGAACCACACAAGUGUCCCUCAUACAGCCUGAAAGCCAAACAGUAUUGGAAACAAAUACUUGGGAAAUUUAAGAAAUCGAAGAAUGUGUGUGAAGAAAAGAGCUUAAAGUCACGAAUAUGUAAAAAGGCUGCUGCUGUGGAGUCACAGCUUGUCAGAGUUGAUGGGGAUGCAGUUGAUGAUAGGUUAAUAGAUAACAGCAAAGCCAAAGGGAAGAGUCGAUCGAAAGACUCUAGAAAAGGUCCAGAAGAAAGCCCAAGCACGCCUGACAUAAAUGAAAAUGUUGGAGCAGAAAAGAAAAGCAACAAAAAAACAAGAAAGCCAAGCACAACAUUUAGUAAGGAGGCAGAUCCUUCCAGCCCACCAUCAGUCCCUGACCUGAUACCUACAGCAAGAGCAGUUAAUGAUGAUAUUGUAGAGUUGAAUGAGGACCUUGCAGAAACCUACUGUUCAGAGAACUGGCAAUCCAUGUGUUCCUUCUUUGUGAAUUUCUGGAAUGGCUAAAUCAAAUAACAUUAUAUGAUACAACUGUGUUGGAUAUAACAAAAAGGCACUAACACUGGAAUUGUUUGUUUCAAUCCUUUGGGCCGGUCGACACUUAACAUGACUUACAAAACCCUAGUGUUAAACAAGCGGAGACUUGUCUGCUGAUAUUAUGAUUUCAGGCAUUAUAUGAUCUGUUUCAUCUUAAGACAUUGUUAUUAAUAAAAACGACUGUGAAUUAAAACUUAUUUUUGUAUACCUUGUUCUACUAGAUUGUUUUUUUGUUAUUAUUAAUUCAAUUACAUUUUCCUUUGUGAGUUUUGUAACUUCUUGAUAAAUCAAUAAAGAAUCUUUUUAGA